GGAAAGUUCAGAGUUAUUGCACAGCAUAACACGUGGUAUCUUGUGACACUGUUAUAAAAUGGCUCUCUAGUCAAUACCAAACACAAUCCUCAUUGACCUAACGCACGGGCGCACAUCUCUUCCUCUCCCAAAAGCUGUUCACGUUUUAACCGCUUCUGUAAGCAAAUAACUGAAGCAUGAAGAACUUAUCAUCUAAUCCGUCGUCUCCUUUUCGCUGCCCUCUCAAGUCACCCUCUCCUUGUUCCCAAUCUCCUUCAAUCUGUAAACUCUCCGAAACACUUAUGGUAGAAUCAAUGGAGAUAAUCUCCGACGCCUUGCGUGAGCAGAGUAGAGGAUCACAGCAGGCUAUGGACCUUCUGUAUUCUGUAAAUGACCUGCAUCGCGCUAUGCAACUGCUCGUUAUAGAGAAUUCGGGUUCUGAGUUGCUUGUUAGAUCUCACAGCUUGAUGCAGAUCGCUAUGAAGAGGCUGCAGAAUGAGAUCUUCAGUAUUGUUACACGAAACCGGAUUUCUGUUCCAGACUCUGCCGUUGCGGAUUUGAAAGCUAUUGCGAAUUGCAUGGUCGCGUCCGGAUAUGGAAAGGAGUGUGCUGAGGUUUACACCUUGAUUCGGAAAUCUAUCGUCGAUGAGGCUCUGUAUGAUUUGGGAGUUAACAACUUGAGCACCUCUCAGAUUCAGAAAAUGGACUGGAAAGUGCUGGAGAAGAGAGUUAAGAACUGGAUUUCUGGUUCUGAAGUUGCGGUGAAAACUCUCUUCUCCCGGGAGAAGAUUCUCUGCAACGAGGUAUUCUCGGCUUCCGAAGACAUCAGCAAGUCGUGUUUCGCUGAAAUCACGAACGACGGUGCGGUGUCCAUGCUCCGAUUUGCCGGAACUGUUGCCAAGUGUAACAAACUUUCCGUCGAGAAAAUUUUCCGUUUUCUGGAUCUCUAUCAUGCGAUCUCGGAGCUGCUGCCGGAAAUCGACUCUAUUUUCGACUUCAGUUCUGUUUCUGCUGUCAGAUCCCAGGCCGUGAGGUCACGUUUAAAGCUUGGCGCCGCCAUCAGAGAGAUGCUGGCGAGGUUUGAAGCGGCUGUUCAGAAGGACUCGUCUACAACGCCGCCCGGCGGUGCUGUCCAUCCGCUGACUCGUUACGUGAUGAACUACCUCGUCUUUCUCUCCGAUUACAGCGGCGAUGUUUUUGAAGUCAUAGCGGAUUGGCCGUCUUCGAUGCAAUCGCCUUUGCCGGAGGCUUACUUCUCAAUUCAGCGUCCCGGUGAAGACGAUGCCGGCGCCACGGCGGGUUCCGAGCGUUUUGCAUGGCUCAUCCUCCUCCUCCUUUGCAAACUCGACGGGAAGGCGAAAACGUACGCAGACGUGCCGUUGUCAUAUCUGUUCCUGGCCAACAACCUAAACUACGUCGUUUCAAAGGUCCGGCAGUCGAAUCUGGAUACCAUCCUCGGGUCGGGUUGGGUAUCCAUGCACGAAGAGAAGGUUAAACAAUACGUGGCGAAUUACGAGAGGAUGGGGUGGGAGAAGGUUCUCUCGCUGCUCCCCGACGAUCCAAUUUCUGACAUUUCUGGAGCGGACCUUAAGAACCGGUUUGUCAAAUUCAAUUCCGGGUUGGAGGAGGUGCUCCAGAAGCAGGUUUUGUGGGUUAUACCCGACCCGGAAUUACGUGACCGUGUAAAGGUUUCGCUCGCGAAUAGAAUCGUUCCGGGUUACCGGGUUCUGUUCGACGGGUAUCGGAACAAACUCCAAGACGCGGAAGCAGUGGUUAAAUUUAACCCUGACAGUUUGCAAGAUUGCCUUUCGGAUAUGUUUGACGUGAAUAUGGGUAACGUCUUGCAUAGAACAAAGCCUCACACGUCUAUUAUUCACGGUCACCGUCAACAUCACCGUGUCCUUACCGGCCAUUAGUCUAUUUGUUGCUUUAGGCAAACACUAUAAGCAAUAGUGACAUAGAGAAGAUAUUUUAAAAAUCUCAUGUCAUAUGUAAAAUAUUGUUUUUUAUUUUUUAUAUUCUUGAAUCUUUAUGUAAUAUGUAGUAAUAAAUUUGAUUAAUAUGUCAAAUAUUUAUUGGACGUUGGGACUUGAGACAGUAUCUAGUUUUUCAUGAUCCCAUAAAUGUUUGACGCAUAUGAUUUUAGUGCCAAAUUGUAUCAAAUAAA